UGCGACAGCUUCCAAGCAUUUCCGCGCAUCUCCACGAGCCAUGGAGACGAUGAAGGGAUGGAUGGCACGAGCGCAGAACCUUCUGAACAAGGAUCAGCAAUUCAUUCUGGGGAUGAUCUUCACCGCCUGCCUCAAUUGGGCCGACUUUUUCUCUGAUUGGUACGUCACCUUGCAGUACGGGUGUGUGAUAAGACACGACUUGAGCACGAGCUGUGAUGGGGUCGAUCCACAGGCUGAGUGUGAGGUGCACGGCUGGUGGUUUGGCUUGAGUUUAUUCCUAUUGAUCGGUUCGAACCUUGUCCAGAGUGCAAUGUGGACAUACAUCACAGCAGUUGACGAGUUUGGAUGGGUUGAGUCUUGCCUCAAACUCGCAGGAAUAUGGGUUCUCCUCUUUGUGGCCGGCUUGUGCCAACUCCACUAUGUAGUGGACAUUGUCCUUGCUCUCCGUGGAGGUGCCCCAACUGACGUCAAGAUAGACCGCAUUAUCGCCCGAGAGUUGGCUACGAAAAUCGGGGAGAGCGCCCCGCAGCUUUAUCUCCAGUCCUACGUCCUUUUUGCUGUGGGGGCUCAUGGCAGCCCCAUGAAGAUGUUCUCAGUGAUCAUUUCCAUCCUGGCCUUGGCACACGGGAUCAUCAAGACGCUGCUCAUGUUUGAAGAUCGUGGAGUUGAGAAGACUUUGCCCCUGAAAGGUUUUGUGUACCGAGCAGUGGCAGCAAUUUGGUUGGCCACAGACCAAGGCCUUCGAUCGGCCGCCAUAGCCUUGGUCCUUUCAGCGGAGGUGAGGCUCCAUGGAUCGAUGCUGCUGGGAUUUUUCAUGCUUUUGGUUUGGGCCAUGUUUGUGUGGACCAAUGCGCGAGAUCCAGAUAGUGAGUUUGCAGUUAAAGGAGGCUGUCCAACAGUAGAAACAUUCAGAGAUGCGGUAAGGUUAUUUGUACUAGGUGUUUGUUUUCUGCUGGUCAGCCUGCUGGGCAGCCUUUUUACCUGCUACGUGAUCCCAGUCCUUUGGUUGCAUGACCUGUUUGAGUGGUCGAAGCCGGCAUUCGAUCGAGUUGUUGUCAUCCGCUGGGUGGAGAUGGCGAGUUGUGCCGCACUAGCCUUGCUGCUUGCUAAGAAUGUAUGUGGCUACACUCCAGAUCGGGAAGUGGGCGGCCUGAUUGGCCUCCUGGCCUUCAACAUGCUUUGCUAUUGCUGCAUGAGAUGUUGCUUCCACAAGGAUGGUAGAUUGAAAUGGUUGCCCUUUGAAGGUUGGACAGCUGAGGAGGCCAGCAAAGCCGAUGUUUCCCGACACAGCAGCAGAUCAACACUUGAAGACGAUGGCUCCCGCACAAUCCAAAGAGUAACACUUAAAUCGCUUAAAUCAUAUGAGGAUGAAGAGGUUUUGCAGUCGGAUGAUGCAAACGUCCAAGCAAAGUGCAAAGAAGAGGUUGACAGCUCCAACUUGGACCUUCAAGAUGCCAACCUGAAGGUAGACUCACUAGACCACGAAACCCUGCCGGUACAGGAUGACACAGAGGGCGUGAAUAUCGUUUUACCGACUGGAGACAUGGCCGAGGAGGCUGAGGGUGAGGCCAACUCCGAGAUGAAGGUGUCCAAAGGGAAGAAAAAGGUCGGAAAGACCAAGAAGGUCGAAAAGACCAAAGAAGAUGUGCCCAAUGUGGCUGAAAGGGCCAGCCCAAGUGGUGAAACCAUUGGGAAAGGCCAAGGUGAUGAAGAAGCGGCUGAGAAACCACCCACUUCUCCCAAAGGGAAGGUGGCAAAGCCCAAGAGUAGGAUGAAGAAAAGCAAGAAGGAGGUGACCCCAACUGCAGAUGAGACUGCAAUUGGAAGACACCAGGAGGAUGGAGAUGCGGAAGCAGAUUGAACAUGCUAAGGUCCGUCUUAGCACUGCCACCUUUAGGGUCAGGUGUUGCUGAAUGCUUCAAGUGUGCUUCAAAUGGUUUGAGGCCAUAACAGGCAGAAUCGCUGCAAAAAGCUCGGAUUUCUGCUGAAUGCUGGCUUUGUGGUUGUGCAGGAAGGCGAGGUGUGGGAAAGAAACUCUUCUAUUUUGACAAGCUGGGUUUUAUAAUGUUCCAUAUUGACUGUUUGGCCUGUUUGGAUGUCCA